AUGUGCCAUACAGAGGACGAAGAGCAUUUAGCACAACUUGAGACUGAAUUCCUUACGACACUCUCUCUGUCCCAUGCCCAUCAGCCCGAAAGGCCGGGCGGGCCCGGGGCGGGCCGGGGGCGGGCCGGGGCGGGGCGGGCCCGCCGGGCGGCCGAGCUCGGAGCGCGGGUGGCGCUGGUGGAGCCGCAGCGCCUCGGCGGCACCUGCGUCAAUGUUGGAUGUGUGCCAAAGAAGGUGAUGUGGAACACGGCGGUCCACGCGGAGUUUGUCCACGAUCACGCUGACUAUGGCUUUGAAACUGCGGGGGUCAAGUUCAACUGGAGGACCAUCAAGGAGAAGCGUGACGCGUACGUGCGGCGCCUCAAUGACAUCUACGAGAACAAUGUGAAGAAGGCUCACAUUGACAUCAUCCGGGGCUAUGGCAAGUUCACCGCUGAUCCCGAGCCAACCAUCGCAGUAAAUGGGAAGAAGUACACGGCUCCUCACAUCCUGAUAGCCACGGGAGGGCGCCCGGCCGUGCCUGCCGACAGCGAAAUUCCUGGUGCCAGUCUGGGGAUGACCAGUGACGGCUUCUUUGACCUGGAGGAGCUGCCCAGGCGCAGCGUCGUUGUGGGGGCCGGCUACAUCGCGGUGGAGAUGGUGGGGAUCCUCUCCACGCUGGGCUCCAAGUCCUCCCUGCUCAUCCGCCACGACAAGGUGCUGCGGACCUUUGACUCCCUGAUCAGCUCCAACUGCACCCAGGAGCUGGAGAACACGGGGGUGGAUGUCUGGAAGCACACACAGGUCAAAAAGGUCACCAAGUCUCCACGGGGGCUGCUGGAGGUGACAGUGGCCUCGGUGGCACCCGGCCACAAGCCGAGGGAGGAGGUGAUCCGGGACGUGGACUGCCUGCUGUGGGCCGUGGGGCGGGAGCCCAGCUCCGACGGGCUGGGCCUGGACCGAGUGGGCGUGCGGGUGGACCCCAAGGGCCACGUGCUUGUGGAUGAGUACCAGAACACCACCAGGAGAGGGAUCUAUGCCGUGGGGGAUGUCUGUGGCAGAGCCCUCCUCACGCCAGUGGCCAUCGCGGCUGGCAGGAAGCUGGCCCACAGGCUCUUCGAGGGCAAGCAGGACUCCCGGCUGGACUACGAGAACAUCCCCACGGUCGUCUUCAGCCACCCGCCCAUCGGCACCGUGGGGCUCACUGAAGAGGAGGCCGUGGCCACGCAUGGGAAGGACAACGUGAAGAUCUACAACACGUCCUUCACGCCCUUGUACCACGCUGUCACCCAGAGGAAGGUGAAGUGUGUCAUGAAGCUGGUGUGCGCUGGCAGGGAGGAGAAGGUGGUGGGAUUGCACAUGCAAGGGCUGGGCUGUGACGAGAUGCUGCAGGGCUUUGCCGUGGCCAUCAAAAUGGGCGCCACCAAGGCCGACCUGGACAACACCGUUGCCAUUCACCCCACUUCUGCCGAGGAGCUGGUGACACUGCGCUGAGCCUGCGGGCACCCACGCCCCGGGGGUGGCAUGAAACUGUUUCCCGUGUUUUCCAAAGUGCCUUUCUGCUGGGCGGGUGCCUGCAGGGUGUGUCUGUAAGGUGGCUGUGGCUUGCUGUGCAGUGGGAAGUAAACACUUUGAUGCUG